CAAAACAAAGAAGACACAUACCCAAGCAACACAAACCACACACACGACUCAAUGAAGAAGUAUGUUUCAGCGACCAACUUCCGCCAUUAGAAUCAUCAUGAUCUUCAACUCAAUCAUCCAACCAAGUUCUGUUGUUAAAAAAUCGUUUCUUUCCAUAAAGAAGAAUAAGUAAACAUACCGCCUUUCAGUUUCUUAAACAAAAAAAAAAAAACACCACAAGAAAAAAGAAAAAAUCAAGAACAUAUGGGGGAAGAGGGGUAUGAAGAAGGAGUGAAUUUGGAGUUCACUCCGACAUGGAUCGUGGCCGGAAUCUGCAGCGUCAUCGUCGGGGUAUCUCUCGGAGUGGAACGGCUUCUCCAUUUCACCGGCACAUACUUCAAGCGCAAGAAACAGAAGCCUCUCCACGAAGCCCUUCAAAAAGUGAAAGAAGAGCUGAUGCUGAUGGGUUUCAUAUCGCUGCUGCUGACGGUGUCUCAGAACUUGGUGGUUCGGUUCUGCGUUAAGGAGGAUUUGUUAACCACAAUGCUUCCUUGCCCCCUCGAUCUGGAGCAACAAGGUGGAAGAUUACCACCACAUCAUGGUGAAACAGCAGAGCACUCAAAGAUGGAGGCCUUUCCAACCAAGGCUAUGGUCAGGGGACUCGCCCGACGACUUCUAGCUGAAGCAGCAGAAUCCGAGUCUGUCUCCAAAACUGGAUACUGUGCUAGAAAGGGGAAGGUGCCAAUGUUAUCACUAGAGGCCAUACAUCAUCUGCAUAUCUUCAUCUUCGUGCUAGCAAUUGUUCAUGUCACUUUCUGCGCUCUCACUGUCAUGUUUGGAGGGGCAAGGGUAAUAAUGGAGAUAAUCUCUAACGGGGUGAAAUGUGGUAGUGCAGCACUGCAAAAGAAGUUCACCCAUGUACGAGAACAUUCCUUUAUCAGAGACAACUUCUUGGGCAUCGGUAAAGAUUCGGAAGCAUUGACCUGGGUGCAUGCCUUUCUGAAGCAAUUCUAUGCAUCUGUUACCAGGACCGACUACCUAACUUUACGGCUGGGUUUCAUCAUGACGCACUGCAGAGGGAACCCUAAGUUUAAUUUUCACCGGUAUAUGAUGCGUGCACUUGAAGAUGACUUCAAGAGAGUUGUUGGAAUAAGGCAGGUGAUCUGGUAUCUCUGGAUCUUUGUGGUGUUCUUCUUGUUGCUUAAUGUCAAUGGGUGGCAUGCAUACUUCUGGAUAGCAUUCAUUCCUUUCAUUCUUUUACUCGCCUUGGGGACCAAAUUGGAGCAUGUCAUCUCCCAGUUGGCUCAUGAGGUUGCCGAGAAGCACAUAGCCAUUGAAGGCGCCUUGGUCGUUCAACCAUCAGACCACCACUUCUGGUUCAACAAGCCGGAUAUAGUCCUCUACUUGAUUCACUUCAUCUUGUUUCAGAACUCUUUCGAGAUCGCCUUCUUCUUCUGGAUAUGGAUUCAAUAUGGCUUCAACUCCUGCAUCAUGGGGCAAGUUAGAUACAUUGUCCCAAGGGUACUAAUAGGGAUAUUCAUCCAAGUUCUCUGCAGUUACAGCACCCUGCCACUAUAUGCCAUUGUCACACAGAUGGGGACAACGUUCAAGAAGGCGAUAUUCGACGAGCAUAUACAGGCUAGCCUCGUCGAUUGGGCUGCCAGGGUGAAGAGAAAGAAAGAGAAGCAGGCAAUGGAAGAUCAAGCACCUGCCGACGAAGGAGGAAGUACUCCUCCUAAUUCCAAGCUAAGCAAGCUGAAAGGGCUGCUGUCGCCCCAUGAAGUGUGCUCCAAAGGAGCAGCAACUCCACCUGGCCAUGAUAGACCUGAGAAUAGUGCAGCUGCAGGUGAGACAUCUGCUGCUGCUGCUUUUGAAGAGAUUCAGCUUUCACCUAGUGAUGGGAUUAAGAAGUAG